AUGUCCACCCCCUCCCAACCCCCAAAAUACAUCUACAAAAUCCUGCCUCCCUCUGCUGCACCACCAUCUCCUCUCCCCCUAUCACUUCCCCUCUCGGACCUUGACUCCCGCGAUGGAUUCAUCCACAUGUCGGCGUCGAACCAGAUCCUCGGCACGCUAAACAACUUCUUCUCCUCCACACCACACGUGUACAUCCUGCGCGUGCCCUACGCGAAAGUGGAAAGUAGGGUGAAGUGGGAGAUGGCGGCCGGGAAGAAGCCGGAUGAGAAAGGAGGGUGUUGGGAUACGGAGGGGCGGGCGGGAGGAUUCCCGCAUAUCUAUGAGGUGGGGGAUGGGGAGGGGAAGGGCACGUUGAGAUUGGGGAGUGAGGAGGUUGAAAGUGUGGGCAUGUGGGAGAAGGGUGAAGGGAGUUGGAGUGAGAAAGGUUGGCCGUUUGGAGAAGAUGUUCCGAAGAAAGCUUGA